UUGCAAUUAGAAAAAUUUUGUUUUGGAAUUGAUUUACUACGACGACUUUUCAGAACUGGUUGUAGUCCAAGGAUAUAUUGGUUCAUAGUAUUUCAACGUAUAUCAAAAGUUCCGAAUGUGAGUUUGUCGCAUGAGAAUUAUUAAAGAAUAUGAAAGUUACCAAGCUAUUAGAACUGAAGAGUUUGGCAGCCAGACAUCAACAAACGUUUGCACCGUUCUUAAUAAGCAGAAGGCAACAAGCUACCCCUUUUCGGCAAAACUAUCAGUUGUUUCCGAAACUUGUUCACGCAUCUUUUGUGUUAUAUGUAGUCUCAAAGGUUUAGGGAAACAGAAUACUUGAGUUGAAAAUACUUGUUGAAAUUCCCCCUUUCAAAGUUUGUUCGUUGAAAGUUCUUCUCUAUCUGUGACACAAGCCACUUAUUCAAGAGAGUUAUCAGAGAUAUCGUGACAAGGAGCUGCCAAGACGUUGGUGUAUCUUAAUGGAGACAUGUUUACUUGUCAGUUUUCUUUUCCAAUUUUAACUUCAAAGCGUAAUUGCUCUGCUGUAACCAGUGGCCUUUGUGAAAUUACACAACAGUCAUGUAUCUGACUUUUCAGCAGGAAUUACUUAUGUAUGAGUUAUUCCAGGUAACUAGAUGUUAGUCCUUACGAAAAGAAUCCUGAAGACUUCCAGAGUUCUUCAGUUGAAAAGUUGUACAAAGAAUUUCUCGAAAUCCCGCCAUAACGCUUUCAGGAAACUAUUUAUAUUUUCUCUUGUGGAUAAAUACGUUGCACAAGAAAGGCUUGUUAGAGUACUUGAGGAAGAUUGAGUCGGUUACUCUUCCAACGGGGACCACUAAGCAUUCUUCUGGGAAAGAAUGAUACGAGACUUUCGUCAAUGAUCCCGAGCUUAAGUUGGUUUUUUUAAUAAAGUGACAACUGUUGUACAUAAUAUGUUUCUCAAACCUUUUAAGACAUAGAAAAGAGCCACUUCAUGUCAUUCUCGUUAGUCGUUUGGAAAGGCGACGAGAAUAUCGUUCCUUGUUGCACUAG